UACUUGCUAAAAAUAGUUGCAAAGUUCUGCUGAAGGUGGGUACCAGACUUGGCCAAAUUUAGCUUAACUGAACUGCUUGGCCUAAAAUUGAUGGACAAUAGCUACUUUCAAUAAAAUUGCAGAGGAAUAAUUUCUGUUCCAGCCUUUUCUUUGACAGCCUCAGAUUAGUUGCAUUUCUCAAAGUUAUCUAAUUUUUUCUUGAUGUCACAAUUUCCAAAUCCAUUAACUGAGUCUCCUGCAACAUAUGUUUUGGUUCCUGCAAAUUCCAUACAAGGUCUCUCCGUCUCUUGAACAUUUUGGUUCCUUCCUUAUCUUCAAUCACCAUCGAGAAUUGCAUCAGAUUCAACGUGUGAUGUUGGUCUGUCAAUGCUGAUUAGGCCAAGGUAGUUUUCCAAUUUAUGUGCAUUGGAACAAUCAUUAAUUGCUGCAGGGGAACUGCUUUUGGUGUUUGAUCCUUUUAUCAAGAUUGAAAUGUCAGCCUGUUCCAUCACAGCAUCUGCAAGCUCAAGGCCUAAUUUGUCGAAAUAGAAGGCAUUCGUUACGUUUUACAUUAUGUUUGCUCAUCUUCCAGGAGCUGAGCCAACUAACUAUACAAAACCAUCAUCCACGGAGAAAGAAACCGAGGAGCAGACAACAAACAAAUCUCCUCAAAUCUCUGUCACCUACAUCUACACGGUGGAGGUAGCAGAAUUGCUCAGCAAUGUAACAGUUACAUGGAACAAAAAUGUUAUGAACUGUUCUCUUAGCAUUAGUGUAGAAAACCCUUUGGAUGAAAGUCAUUACACUUGCAAGAUUGAUAUAAAGACUUGGCAGUUUUGGGGGAAAAAAGGUCUAAAAUCUUUUGAAGUAGAUGGAAAAAGAGUAGAUGUUUACUGGGAUUUUCGACAAGCGAAAUUCUCAAACCAUGCUGAGCCCUUAUCAGAUUACUAUGUUGCUUUGGUCUACAAUGAAGAGGUGGUUUUAAUGCUUGGAGAUAUGAAGAUGGAUGCUUUCAAGAGAACCAAAAAGAGACCAUCAUUGACAGAACCUAUAUUGCUGUGCAAGAAAGAAAAUGUGUAUGGGAAGCGAUCAUUUUGUGCCAAGGCAGUGUUCCAAAAAGACAAGACAGAACAUGACCUCGUCAUUGAAUUUUCUUUGUCAGGACUAGGUGAUCCUGAAAUGGGGAUUACCAUAGACGGAUUCGAGGUGAUUCGAGUAAUGAAUUUGAAUUGGAGAUUUAGAGGCAAUGAGAAUAUGAAAGUGGAUGAUGUUGGGGUACAGAUUUUUUGGGAUGUUCAUGAUUGGUUGUUUACUGGCUCUAGCACAAGUCAUGGACUGUUCAUCCUGAAGCCAGCAGCAGAAGAAGGUGGGGAUGAUAAAGUUGGAGAUGGUAGACAUUGCAGAGGCAAUGAUGGAGGCAUGUAUGAUUCACCAAAGGAAAGGUCUUCUUCAACACCAGG